GUAUUAUUAAACGCUCAAGCCACAGCCACACUACUAUUUACACGCCCAAAAAUUCAAUCAAUUGAAACGCAACGAAAACCCAAAUAAAAGGAUGAAAUUGCUGGAGAAAUUUGCGCUGGCCGUGGUUGUGCUCUGCUGUCUGCUGCAAGUGGGCCAGGCGAUCAAAUGCUGGGAUUGCCGCAGCGACAACGACCCGAAAUGCGGGGAUCCAUUCGACAACAGCACCCUGGCGAUCACGGACUGCCAGCAGGCACCGGAAUUGGAGCACUUGAAGGGCGUGCGACCGACGAUGUGCCGCAAAAUCCGGCAGAAGGUGCACGGGGAGUGGCGCUACUUCCGGAGCUGCGCCUACAUGGGUGAGCCAGGAAUCGAGGGCGACGAACGCUUCUGUCUGAUGCGAACCGGCAGCUACAACAUCUUCAUGGAGUUCUGCACGUGCAACAGCAAGGACGGCUGCAAUUCGGCGGGAGUUCAUCGCCUGGGCUGGAUGGGAGUCCUUUCCGGAACACUCGUUUCCGUUCUUGUGGCGCAUCUACUGCGGCAAUAGUUGGAGGGAUUUACAUCCUCCAGUUGUAGCCAAUGACACGCCUUCUCUCGUCGCUCGUUAGAAACAAGACUGUCUUGACUUUAAAAGGCUUUUUUGAGAUGUUAAAAUUACUAUUUUUGAUUCUAUAAUGCAUCAUGUUUGCUAAGAACAUCAGAAUUGAGUGCAGGAAAACAGGUUUAACAAGAUUUUAAGCUUACUUUUAAAGCUUUUUAUCAUUCAUUCCAAAAAUUAAGUAAUCCACAUAGUUUUUUUUUCAUUUAAUGACCUUUUAUCUAAAAACAUGAUUUUAGAGCUAUGUCCCAUUCAUAAAAACACAAUAAGGCUUCAACAGCAGUAUUAAAUCAUAAAUAAUGUGCUUUCCACAUUGGAUAACUUUUUUGUAAGUCUGUAAAGCAGCAAAAAAGUGUAAUCGCAACAGUUGCCAACUCUAAAAAUUUUAAAAAUCAUCUUUCGAUUUAAUGCAUUUUCUAAGAACAAAACUUUAAUUUUCUGUCAAAUCUGUUAUUUAAACUAAGACAGUCUUGUGCAAAAUGAGUGAAUUGUAAUCAAGUGCCUUUCUGCGAACGACUCGAAUUGUAGCUUAAGCUUGAAAAACUGUUUCCGUCCGAAAAUAUUUACUUACGUGACAUUCCCUAUUUCAUAAGCUCAAUCUUGUAAUCUCCACCUUCUACUUGUAUUUUGUAACGUAUUUUUACAAAGAAACGCUUAGUUUUAGUCGCCAGCAGGCUUACAAGUUUUUAUUGUAAUGCAAAGACAAUUAGAACAUUUUUAAUUGAAAUAAAAGAUUUACACACCAAUUAUACAGUUAUCAUUA